CACACGGAUACCAAAGCCACCAGACAAGGCAAAGCAAGGCCAGCCUUAAAAUUCUAUCUGCUCUCAUCUUCUGUUUCUCCUUCUUCCACUCUGUUUCUCUAUACAAUGGCACUCUCUUAAAAUUCUCGGAAAACAAACGGGUAAAUACUUUCUUUACUGGUAAAAAUUCCUUCCUUUGUUUCUGUCAUUCUGAUAGAUGGUUUCUCUUGAAGAUUCGCUUUCACAUUCACAUCCUGGUUCGAAUCGCUUCCCUUUGACCCGAAACUAUUAUGGACCUUCGAGUUCCACUACCAAAAUUCACCGGAAUAUCGGCCGGUCUAUGCGUACGAUUCGCUCUUGUCUAUACCAGGACGACCACAGCUGCUCCUUCAUAAGCUCUGUCCCCGAUAAAUCGGCAUGUGUGUCGGAGAACCUGACCGACUCGGUUAUCGACAUGAGGCUUGGGGAGCUUGCCACUCGGAACAACAAGCCAGUGAAGUCGGAGGAGGAAGAGGAGUUUUUGGAUAUUUCACUAGUAUUCAGCGAUUUCUCGGCUUGUAGCAGUGAUAUUUCGGGCGAGUUGUGGCGACUCGCGACCUUGCCGUCGCCGGAAAACGUCUCAAGCGGGGUUAGUAAUGACGUUGAACCGGUCUUGGAGCCCUGCAUGGGGUUUCUACAGAGGGAGAAUUUCUCGACCGAAAUAAUUGAGAGCAUUUCGCCGGAAGAUCUCCAACCGACGGUGAAGAUCUGCGUUGACGGACUAAAGUCACCGUCUGUGGCCGUGAAGCGAUCUGCUGCGGCUAAGCUGCGACUUUUAGCAAAGAACCGGUCAGAUAAUCGAGCUUUAAUAGGAGAAUCCGGUGCGGUUCCUGCUUUGAUUCCGCUCCUCAGGUGCAGCGAUCCGUGGACGCAAGAGCACGCAGUCACAGCUCUUUUGAACCUCUCGCUCCUCGAAGAGAACAAGAAAUUAAUCACCGACGCCGGAGCUGUAAAAUCUUUAGUUUAUGUACUCAAAACUGGAACGGAAACCUCAAAACAGAAUGCAGCUUGUGCCCUGCUUAGUCUUGCUCUGGUCGAAGAGAACAAGAGCUCAAUCGGUGUCUGCGGAGCAAUACCUCCGUUGGUUUCGCUACUACUGAACGGAUCAAGCAGAGGGAAGAAGGAUGCCCUGACUACACUGUACAAAUUGUGCUCGAUCAAGCCCAAUAAGGAGAGAGCAGUGACUGCAGGGGCCGUGAAGCCUCUGGUUGGUCUUGCUGCAGAGCAGGGGACGGGAAUGUCGGAGAAGGCCAUGGUGGUGCUGAGCAGCCUGGCAGCGAUCGAGGAGGGUAGGGAGGCGAUUGUGGAGGAAGGAGGGAUUCCGGUUUUUGUUGAGGCCAUUGAAGACGGGUCUGUGAAGGGGAAAGAGUUUGCUGUGUUGACUCUGUUGCAAUUGUGUGCUGAUAGUGUUAGAAAUCGAGGGUUGCUGGUGAGGGAAGGUGGGAUUCCUCCUCUUGUUGCUCUGUCACAGAAUGGAAGCGUUAAAGCCAAGCAUAAGGCUGAAACACUUCUUGGGUAUCUGAGAGAGCCAAGACAAGAGAGAUGCUCAUCCAGCCUUUAGAGAUUUAUUUAGUAAAUGGUAACUAUACAUUGUAAGUGGUUUUGGUGUUGAUGUGUAAGGGUGCCUUGUUGAUUUUGUACAGUGUGGUGUUUAGUAAUUUGGGAAGAAAUUUAUUGUAGUGUUUGAAUAGAUUAGGAGAGGUUAGGGAGCUGAAGACUGACUAAGUGACUAGGUCGAUGUAUGAUUUUGGGGUUCUUUCUGUGAUGGAAUUGGAAGUUGUUUGGCUUGUGGGAUUCUUGGUUGAUGGAAUUUGGGCCAUAUUCCUUAUGUUUUGUUUGGGUGACCCAAAUUAUGUCCAAAAAUAUUGACUUGAUUGUCUGUUUGAAGUUAAUGAAGAUGGAUAUUGAUGCCUACUACUCAAAAGCA